AUGCUAAUUGCUGAAAAUAUUGAUUCAACUAUUAGUACAACUUUAAAUAUUCAUGCUACUGUUACAAAUGCAGUUUCAAAUGCUAUUUAUGGUGUAACAUCAUGGAUUGGUGAUCUAAUUCCAGCACUUGGUAAACGUGAUUUAGAAAAUGAUGCUCGAGUAAAUCUUUUAACUGAACUUAAAUCAUUUAAACUUGCUUUUCAACAAUCAAUUCUUGAAACUCUUCAAAGUUUUCUCUAUGGUAAUGUAGCAACUCAAUUUCAACAAUCAAUUUCAAAAUUAAGUACUUUUCUUAAAACACAUUUACAAACUAUGAAAAAUAUGAUAACUAAUUUAAUUCCUACAAUGCAAAAUACAAUAGCAACUCAAGCUGUAACAAGUGUCUUAAAUGUUAUACAAGUUAUUGAAGAAGCUAUUCAAAAAAUUCAUGCUCUUUUUUCUUCAUAA